UUACUAGUAACUAAUCCAAUAGUUACUAGUAUCUAUUCCCGUUUUACUAGUAAGUUUUCAUUAGAUACUAGUACCUAUUUUUUAGUUACUAGUAACUAUUCCGACAUAUCCCGAAACCAAUAAGUACUAGUAACUAUUGCCAACAAGAUAUCUAGUUAACAUGCAAAUUAGCUUGAGAAGAUAUCUAGUUAACAUGCAAAUGAGCUUCUAAAGAUAUCUAGUUAACAUGCAAAUUAGCUUUAGAAGAUAUCUAGUUAACAUGCAAAUUAGCUUCUGAAGAUAUCUAGUUAACAUGCAAAUUAGCUGCUGAAGACCACACCUCACAGAAGACAGCGCCACAGAGAAAAUAUCAACGAACCAAUUUGAGAAAUGGCACACCUAUGUGUAAUUGAAGAAAUAGGACGAAAAUGCAGAGCAUUAGAAAGAGCUUUCCAACAAGCUAACAUAAGCCACGCACGAUUGAUGCCGAUUGAGUCAUCACUUGUGAAUUUAAGAAGACUGGACGGUAUUUUAUCGGUGGAGACAAUGCAAGAACUUGUUGCUAGCCUUGAAGAACUCCGAGCUCUCAUCACCACCACACAUGCGAUGUCAGGAGAGCACAGCGAAGACGCCUUUUCAGCCCCUCGUAUGCCCUCAGGCCAGCGAGGGAGACCUAAAAUUGCCAUAACAAGGCAGCAAAUACAGUUCCUCGUGGGUCAAGGCUACACAGUCAAGCGGAUGGGACAGCUGCUGAAAUGUUCAGCAUCUUUUUUAUAUAAGAAAACCAGAGCGCUUGGAUUACCAAUUAGGAGUUCCAGGUCAAGAACCCUAACCAAUGAGGAACUUGAAGAUCAUAUAAGAAGACUUCACAGACAGUUUCCGAGAUCUGGAAAUGAGAUGAUGAGGGCAUUGCUGCGAGCAGAAGGAUUCUUUGUAACACGACAGAGAGUGAGAGCGAUGCUGACUUAUAUUGACCCAGCGGCUGCUGCGCGAAGAUGGAGUGCUACCGUGGCAAGAAGAACAUACCAUGUGCCAUAUCCCAACAGUCUGUGGCAUAUGGAUGGAAACAUGCGUCUCAUCAGGUGGGGCUUAGUUGUUCAUGGAGCCAUAGAUGGAUACUCACGCCUAGUAACAUACCUAAACUGUAAUACAAACAACAAAGCUGUCACUGUACUUACACAGUUCUUGAAGGCAACAUGCCUGUAUGGACUCCCAUCCAGAGUUCGCUCUGAUCAUGGUGGGGAGAACACACAAGUAGCAUUGUUCAUGAAUAUUGUCCAGGGUGUAGAGCGCAGUAGUCACAUAACAGGGGAAUCUGUUCACAACCAGAGGAUAGAGCGCCUCUGGAGAGACGUGUUCCUGCAAGUUCUACACUACUUCUACAAUGAAUUCUACAGCCUAGAGGAUGCUGCCAUACUAGAUCCAGAAAAUGACAUCCACAAGUUAUCACUACACCUGACCUAUCUACCAGAAAUUCAACGUAGGUUGAACAUGUUUAGAGAGGCCUGGAAUCAGCACAGUCUAAGGACAGAAAACAACCGAACACCCUCACAGAUCUGGACAGAGGGCAUGCUGACCAACAUAGAGGCAGACAGCACUCCCAUCAACAACGUAUUUGGUGAUGACCCAUAUAGGGAGGACAGUUUAGAGGCCCUUCUGGCACAACAUGGCAUCAACAACUUUCGAACUGACAGAAGAACAGUUCCCAGCUGUAGUUGUCCAACAACUCAAUGUAAAUCUUAACCACCAACAACAGCAAGACAUUUUGAGGGCUAUAGAGGGAAUUGUGGACUUGAAAGUGAAAUAUCAAACAUGCUGCACUGAAAUUUCUAAUAAGUUGAAUGAGCCAGCCAGGGGACUGCCUUGAAUCACAUGACUAAUGCAUGUCUAUGCUCUCUUUUUAGAUUUGCCUUGCAAUGUGCUUGAUUCAUAGAUCUAGGUGAUGUUAUAGUAACAGAAAGACCACUUUUAUUGUACAACCCUUCAGUCACAUUUAGUUGAACAACAUUUUUGUACAAUUGUAAAUUACGUUUGAGGUUCAGAAACAAAA